AUGUCCCAAGAAAUCGUGGAUGCUGUAUCGCAAUACUUAACUCCUAAUGUUCCAAUUAAGUUAAUAUCACAAGGUGCAGAGGCUGUUGUCUUUACCACACCUGUCCAUCCUUACUGUCCGUCCAAUGAGAUAACGAAAGACAGUAAGCCAGUUCAAUACAUUAUUAAGUACAGAUCUCCCAAGAAAUAUAGACACCCUGUUAUUGAUAAACAACUUACCAAACAUAGGACCUUGAGCGAAUCAAGAUUAUUAGGCAAACUGUAUCUCAUUGAAGGUUUGCAUGUACCGAAACUGAUUGCUACAGAUGCUUAUAACGGUUAUAUAUGGCAGGAAUUCUUGGGAGAGGAUUUACCUAAUGACUGUGGUUUCAGUAACUUGAAAAAUUAUUUGUGGAUGAACGCUAAAGAUCCAUAUAAUGAUGUCGUGAAGGAUACACUAUUUAAAGUAGGUGAACAAAUCGGUUUACUGCAUAUUAACGAUUAUUGUCAUGGUGAUCUUACAAGUUCCAAUAUCGUACUAGUAAGGGAUACUAAUGGUACUAAUUGGAUCCCAUAUUUGAUUGAUUUUGGUCUUGGUUCACAAUCUAAUAUGGUCGAAGACAAAGGGGUCGACUUAUAUGUACUUGAAAGAGCAAUCAUCAGUACGCAUUCAUCAUUUUCUGACAAAUACAACGAUUGGUUAAUUGAAGGAUUCUCAAGUGUAUAUAAGAAGCAAGGUAAAGGGGGUGUUCAAAAAUUGAACGAGGUCCUGAAGAGAUUCGCAGAUGUAAGAAUGCGUGGAAGAAAGAGAAGUAUGAUAGGUUAG